GAGUUAGCGAAUAAGGCCCCAGUACCCUUAUUCGCUAACUUUCGGAUUUUCAGCUGUCAACUGGCCUCAGUUGUCAACCGAACUUUGAUGUCAACUGACAAUUCCAAAACAUCGGUAUUUAGUAUCGCAUGAAGUGGACAUCAGUGGAUAUCUUUUCACGGUGCUUAACGUAAAAACUAUGGUGACUAGCAGGGGUACUCUUGACAACUCUAGUUUUUAUCGACUAUUAUACUGCUAAGGUGGAAAUACCUUAUUAGCAUUACAUUACUACGUUUGAGAGAACGCUUUAUUUUCAACGUGUUAUACAUUUAAAAACAAUCUGUCUCGGUAAAAUUCAGUAUUUGCUUUCUAUUGUGUGUGAACUUGGUGUCUAAAGUUCCGUGUGGUUGAACAAUAUUUUAACUGAGAACAUUGUUUAAAAUGCCAGGACGCAGGAAAGUGUCACUGAGGCAAAUGGAGCUGCUUCUAGAGUUUGCGCAUUCCCAUCGCGACAUAGCGUUGGGCCGCUUUCCGCCAGGUCCUCAGGGAGUGCGGGACACUCGAGAAGCAUGGCGGUCGAUUUCGGUGGCACUUAACUGUGUCGGCAGCGGAGCCACUAAAACGCCGGACCAAUGGCGCCGAUAUUGGAUAGAGUUCAAAGCAAAAACAAAAGGAAAAGCUGCAGACAUGCGGAGGAGCACAUCUGCGACUGGUGGAGGCCCUAACAGGCUGGUCCCUCUUAACUAUAUAGAGGAAAAGGUGCUGGCUUUGUUAGGCCCUGUUGUGGUUGAGGGAUUGCCUGGUGUGCGCUUGCCCAUUGAUAUAUUGUCACUUGGUGACCCACCAACUUCCCAGCCAUCGAUGUCUGGAGCUGUGGCUGUACACACCUCACAGCCUCCGGUGCCUCCUAAGCCCUCAACCUCUACUUAUGAUGAGCAGAUAAUGGAGGUUGAAUGGCUUGACGACAGCCUUCUAGAGGGGACACAGCCUGUGGAGCAGAUGCCUGCUGCAGAGGCUGUGGAGCAGAUGCCUGCUGCAGAGGCUGUGGAGCAGACGCCUGCUGCAGAGGCUGUGGAGCAGACGCCUGCUGCAGAGGCUGCGGAGCAGACGCCUGCUGCAGAGGCUGUGGAGCAGAUGCCUGCUGCAGGGGCUGUGGAGCCCACACUAUCCAGUGAGGCUGCUAUUAGGAAUUCUGAGAGAGAUGGUCCACAAUGUUCAACCCCGAGCCAGCGUCAACGACCACGACGAGCGAAUGUUCGCAGAGAGGAGUCAAUACCUCGUUGGGCCUAUGACCUGGAAUUGAGGAGAAUAGAGGUGGAGACCCGACUCACAGAAGCAGUGGAGGGGAUGCUUGGGGUUUUAAGAGACAUUCGGGACGACUACCGCCGGCAAACAAACCGGGAAUGAUUACCUACUGCGUUGGUCUAGUUGUCGUUCCGAAUGUUGCAAACAAUGUAUCCUCCGCGGCCCCCCCCUCUAUCUUUUGGGUCCAAUGUUUAAAAACGUCAGCGGUUUUACCCAUGCCCAUAGGACCCCUUGUAAGUGGAUGUCUACACCCUACGUUGUGAUUGUUAAUUAGUUUUUAUAUUAAAAAAGAUUUUAAUUAGAAUAAUUAUUAUUAAGUGAAAUUUUAAAUAAUGUUGUACCUUUUAUUCUAAGAAUAAAUAGCGUUUAUAAGA